UUCAAGCUUUACGGGGCAUGAAUUACAGGUAAACAACCAUGGCUUCUCACUGAGCACCAUGUUUACCUAGAGAUUGAGCCAGGGGUCUCAGAUCUUCCAGCUGAAUACAACAGACAAUUGGGACACAUUGUGAGAAUCACUGCUACUGUCUCGAUCUGCUCCAAAAUGGGAUUCUGGGCAUGGAAUAUCUGCAUGGCCGCCAUCUCUAUGGUUGCCAUGGUAGCAAAGGGAGAAGUUUCAGACGUUGUUGUGAUGUACGAUCAUCCUGCAAACCUGAGCUGCAUGGGCAAAUCCUUCGACCCUGAUGCUACACAGAUGUCCAGAUACCGACUGAUGUGGCUCAUUCCUAAUGGCGACCUUGUGGGAAAGACGUCCACCCAUGACAGAGUGACAGUCUUUGACGAAGGAAAACAGAUCACAGUGAAGAAGGUAGACGAUGUUGAUUUUGGCAUCUACAGCUGUAUCAUCUACAACUUCAACACACAGGAAUAUGAGAUAGUUCAGACAAGCAUCAACAUGAAUGGCCCAUACUGGGGGCACCUAAUGGCGAAGUAUCGCACGAACUUCAUCGUUGGGGCAGUAGCUGCUGCUGUGAUGUUUGUUAUCAUGAUGGGGUUCUGCUUCUGGAUUGGCAGAAACAGCUCCUUGGAGGCGGAUGAGGAUGAAAGAGUGAAAGCAUCAUCUCUCUGGAUGUCCAACCAAGGUAUCGACAAUGCUGCAGUGGAGUUGGAUGACGUUCAGGUCGACACUAAGACUGUACCAGUAAAUGGAGAGGAGCACCCACCAGUUUAUUCUGAAAUUGGAAAAGAUCUGGCCACAAAACUGUAGACAAUGCGUGAUCCUGAGGUUUAACUGCUGAGAAGUUAUUAGCUGAAUGCCAUCCAUUUAUAUUUCCUUUGAGAUAAGUCUUAGUGUUUUUUGUUGUGGAAUCGUUAACAGAUGUUUUUGAUAUUAUUGCUUGUUGCAAGAUCACACUGGUUUCAAUCAGUGAAAGGGCUUUGUUUCCUGUCAAAAUAUACAUGUAUAUAUUUUGGCUGUUUUGAUUUUGAAAAUUUGAUUAAGGAAAGUUGCUCUGUGUCAGCAAAAGCUAAGGAAACAGACAUCACUGAAACAAUGUUUCUGGUCUGCUCUUUUGCAGUAUCAUUAAACUGUGAACCAGACAGCAACAGUAUUGAUUCAAGAAUAUCAAUGAACUCACUUAAUCAUUAACUAAAGAGUUAAUUCAUAAAAAUAUAUAUUACAUACCUAAAACAGCUGAGGACUAUUUACCAGACAAACAUAAAAAUACUGAUUUAUGAAGAUUGAAUUCCUCUAUAUUUUUAUGACAAUAUUCCAAAGACUGUUUUAUGACUUUAGUUCACAAACCAAAUGUAUUUGUUCAGUGACUUCAUUGCAAUCUUUCUUUGUAUGAUAGGAUAUGACCUAUCCUGUGACCAUCUAGAGGGACAUACUUAACAUGUUUGGUUUCUAGUACCCAGGAAUUAGUGGGUAGUUUGGUCAUUUCUCAAAAUGAGGUAAAUGUGAUAUAUAUAUUUCCAAAAGAUACAUGAAAGUGCUUCAUUUUUCCAGUUGUACUUAAUUGUACACUUUAGAAACUCUGGCUUUCCCAAAAAGAAAAAUGACUUGUCACACAGAAGACCCCAAUUUGAUUCCCAACAGUGGUACAGGGUGUGAAGUUCAUUUUGGAUGUCACCCACCAUGAUGUUACUGGAAUAUUGCUAAAAAUGGCAUAAGACUAAGCUCAAACCACACUGAAUUAUGAAAAAUGUCUAAAUACAUAUGAUUAUACAACAUUUACUAUACAAAACAAAAGCACAAUUUGUUUUAAAAAUUUCUCUCAGACAGUCCCUGAAAUGUGUGUCUAAUGUGUAUUUCCUAAAUUAACACCAAAACAAGGGAGACAAUUCUUCCCCUACCUCAGUGUUAUUUCCCUGUAUAAGUUAUGUAAAAUCUUAUCUGAAAGUUGUGUCACAUGUAAACCAAUACACUGUAUUGUAUAAUGAAUUGAGGGGUUAUAUUUUAGAA